AUGCCUCAGCAGCAUGGCUCCACCACUAACAUUGUGUACCCCUACACUAAUCCGGUUGCUUUCUCUUCGUCCAACCCCACUAUAUCAUUUUUCUCUUUCAACAGUGCUCAUGCAUCUUCCGUCUUACUUCCUAGCAUGGUAUCUGGCAGUUCUGCAUUGGCAACAUCUCUUCCCAUUGAUGUGGCAACAUCAACAAUGUCAGUCACAGCAGAAUGUUGGAAAAAUAUUCAGGCUAGUGCCAUUGCUCUUUGUGGGAAGUCCCCUACAUCGUCAGGCCAUGGAUGGACAGCAAGUAUUGCUGAUAGUACCACAUCCAGGAGGAGUAAAGGGAAGUGUGCACGUUCAGAUGAAGGUGAAGAGGCACACGCAUGUGUAACUGAGGCUGACUUUCUCAAGAAGGUUAUGGGGCCUAUUAUUGCAGAUGCCGAUGAACGUUCAAAUGACAAAAAGUGCCUGAAGGGCAUUCAGACCAUCGAGAGCAUCCGAAACAAGAACUUGAAGCUCGAAUACGAUAUCACAUCACUCUGGCGAAAAAGGGUUAAUGUGGAACACAAUAUCGAGAUAGAGAAGAUGCGUAUUGCAGCUGAAGUGGAGGUUAAAAAGUAUGAGAUUGAGAUGCGGUACAAAAUGGACAGGGGACAGGAACCUGAACUGUCAUCAUCUGCUUCUGUCAACGCCGAAUUUUCUAGGUCAUCUUUUGCCCAUUCUACUGUGUCUAUUCAUCCCCCACUCGAUAAUUUUGAUGCAGCACUCGCAAAUAGUGACCAAAGUGACCCUCGUGGUCUUACUAACAUGCAGCCUCUGCUGAACACGCUAUCACCAUCUAUUCCUGCUGCUGCUGGUGACUUGCAUUCUUGCCAAUCUCAAGACUAUUUUCAAACCGGAGAUUACUUGUUCGACUCCCAAAUCCAUUACCAGCAAGGCAAUGAAGACAACAGUGGGCUGAAUGUCAUGCAUGGUAGUGCAUUCAGCAUUCACACAGUAUGA